UGGGUUUUUUUCUUUUGUUUUUGUUUUGUUUUUGUUCGCUUGCUUGUUUUUCGUUCUUUCAGGUCGUCUGCGGAGUGCUCGCGCGGCUCGCGCGCUAACGAGUUGCCGCAAAUCAGCAAACGGCGCCCGAGAAAUAAAUAUGACUAUUUUUCUAACACGGGGUGCGCGCGCGCACUCAUGCACACACUCACACGCGCCUGUUGCAAGUUCGUGGCAGGGGAGGGAGAGCGCGCGCGCAGGUGCCGCCAGCCUUGGAUGAUCGCGGGAAACUUCAUGGAGCAAAAUUAGUCGGAAGCUCUGUCGGUGGUGAGUGAGGACCAGUCCAUAUUCGAGCCAGCGUUCGGCAGCGCCCAGGCCGUGCACAUGAAGGGUGAGAUCACGUCCCCGCCGCAGGCAGUUUACAGGCAGGGCUCAGAAGAGAGCUCCGAGUCCACCGAGCCCGACUGGACAGCGACAUCAGCACCAAACACGGCCAAACGAGUCGAGCACGUCAACGGAGCCAGUCGAGAGUCUCCGGUGGAGUGUAGUGGGGCUAAACGGAGCCGCCACAUCAGCAGCAGUGAUGGAAGUCAGCUGGGAUAUCAGGCCUCGUACCCGGAGCCCCGGACCAGCCCCCAGGCCCCCACGCCCCCCAGCAGCACCACGGAGGAGAAGAGAGUCAUUGUCCCAGCAGAUCCUGAGGUGUGGACACAGGACCAUGUGCGGCAGUGGGUGGAGUGGGCGAUAAAGGAGUACAGCCUGGUCGAGGUGGACGUGUCCCUUUUUCUCGCGCUGGACGGCAAAGCUCUCUGCAAGAUGACCAAAGAAGACAUGAUGAGGCUAACGUCUGCCUACAACACCGACAUCCUCCUCUCACAUCUCAACUACCUCCGCCAGAGCAGCCCCACCUUCUCCUACCCUCCCACCCCCACCAACACACAGCCCCAGCCCAGAAUACAGGUCAAAGCUGAAAACAACUUCGAGGAGAUCAGCAGAAGGAACAGUUGGUCUGCAGGGGCCAUGCCUGCAGUUCCCAAAGGUUCUCCAGUGGAGCCGCAGCACAACAGCAGCAGGAUUACAGAACCUCCGCCGAGACCCACUCAAGACCCCUACCAAGCAUUAGGCGCUAUCAGCAGCCGCCUGGCCAACCCAGGUUCCGGCCAGAUCCAGCUGUGGCAGUUCCUGCUCGAGCUGCUCUCAGACAGCGGCAACGCGAGCAUCAUCACGUGGGAGGGAACCAACGGAGAGUUUAAAAUGACCGACCCGGACGAGGUGGCGAAGCGCUGGGGCGAGAGGAAGAGCAAACCCAACAUGAACUACGACAAGCUGAGCAGAGCACUGCGCUACUACUACGACAAAAACAUCAUGACCAAAGUGCACGGCAAGCGCUAUGCCUACAAGUUCGACUUCCAGGGCAUUUCCCAGACGCACCAGAGCCAUACACCAGAGGGCACUGUGCUCAAGUACCAGCCGGACAUGUCGUACGUACAGGGCUACCACAGCCACCAGCCUAAGGUGAACUUCAUGCCUCACUCGAGCCCCAUGCCCGUCUCUUCAGGCAACUAUUUCUCCCCUCCCUCCACCUACUGGAACUCAGCCGCCGGAGUGGUGUACCCCAGCUCCCCGAUGCCGCGACAUCCGGGGACGCACUCGCAUUUGAACUCUUACUACUAACAAGAAAAGCAUCGUCAGACUAUCCACUGCCGAGGAUUUUUACUAACAGAUCCACCGAGUUUAUUAAGCUGCAUUCACAUUGCAGGGUUCUGAGUUUUUAAGAGCUGUGUGAACACUAGGGUUUCAAUCCCUGACACUGAAUUAGAAACAACAAAUGGAAGCAGUUGAAUCACCAUGCUUGCUUCAGAUGUACAAUUUUUUUUGCCGGAAAGAAAUGUGAUAAAUAACAAUGUAAUCACAUUUACCGGUUUAUUCAAUUCAGAUUCAUUGCGUACACAUUACAAUCUGUUUUACUCAAUUUGGAUUUUUUGCAUAAACCUGGGGAUGUAGCUUUCUAGUGCCACCUAGUGCCCUGGUGGGACUCCAGUGUGAAAAAGCCUCUGCCCUGUGCACGUGCACAAACUAAUCAAUAACAUCAUGUGAACGAUUCACGUCACAAACAACAACCAAGAACCAAGUCUUCAACAAACAGGAUACAUGUGCAGUGAAGAAACCCACAUGACUUCUGAUCUGAUUUAUUACAGAUCAGACUUAUUACAGUUGACAUGACCAUAAACCGAACACAUCUCUUAUCUAGAACCACAUAUGAAAGUGGUUUGGAUCUGAUUUGAAAAGAUCAGACAUUUGUGUUCACAUAGUUCACAAAAAAAUUCAAUUUGUGCAGCCUUAGUCUGCGUUCACAUUACAAGCUUUGGGCUCAAUUCUGAUUUUUUUUAUCAAAUCUUUUUGCCUGUUCACAUUUAAAGUGAACUCAUAUCUAUCUUUGGUGUGAACACUCCUGUGCGCUAAAAGCACCUCCUAGCAUCAACUUAAAACACACAAAAGUGGCUCAAAUCUGAUUUAAAAGAUCAGGUUUUUGUGUUCACACUGCUCUUAAAUCAGAUCCGUAUCACAUUCAUGCUAAGAAACUGAUUUCAACCCUGCAGUGAACGCAGCCUUAGAUCUCACCUGUUGAUCGGUUUGUGGCACCAAGGAUGAAACCAAAAGGAGAUAAAACCUAUGAAAAGGACUUUUAGUGAGAAGUUCAUUCAGUUCUUCUAAAUACAAACAUAUGUUCAUAUCGCUUGUAGCAGUCAGAGUCAAAUUCUCCAUCCACAUUAAAUUUGUACAGCACUUGCAUAUUCAACACACUUACAGUAAGGGCUCAAGUGUAAAUAUUAUUGUGUUUUGGCCUCUGUUGUAUAAAAAGGGCUUUAAAAACAACAUAUUACCCAUUUAAAAUAUUUCCCUGUAUCAUUGCUUUUUUUUUUAAGGCAAAUGGCUUUGUACAGACUUUUGUGACAAAUAGCCUCACACUUAUGUAUCAUUUUUUUAAACCAAUAAACAUGUAUCUCACUAUCAGC